GUCAGAUUUGUCCCGACUCCCGACACGCAACGAACCGAGUACUCCACACGCCACGGCCUACAGUCUACACCACUCUGGCACUCGGCAAGAGAACAAGCAACCACGAGCCAGAGAACAAGGCCGGCGGGCUAGUAUUUCGAUGAGGCCGUCCACGGCCCGCGUUCUGGCCGCCGCGGCACUGACGGCCGCGUUGCUCGCGCUGAGCCUGAGCACCGGCGUGGACGCCACCCCGGAGACGACGUGCUGGGCGGCCGCGGCCCGCGACAGGCGCGUGGACUACGGCUUCUGCGUGUCAAGGCUGAGCCACUUGGCCAAGGUGGCCACCGACGUGGGCAUCGCCAUCGCUGGCGGCAAGGUCUACGACAUCAAGGCCAUGCUCGCCAAAAGUGUACUAUGGGAUCCACAGUCGGGACUACACGGCGGGGAAGGGAAAGGCCACCGAGGCCGCGUCCCUGGCGCGCCGCCGCUCGCGCGGUGGGGUAACGAGUCCGUGCAGAUCGCGAUCGUCUGCACGGCCAUCACCAGCCUCAUCAGGUGA